CACUGUUCUUUCACAUUGGUUCUUCUUUCUCUGAGCCAUAACUAAGUGCUGUUUUUUUCCUCUUUUCUUUCCCAGUCUCUGGAUCUGGCAUGCCACAACCCUUGGUCCCUUUCAUCGCCACUCCAAAUGGAAGUCUGGCACAUCCAACCUAUUUCCUACUGGUAGGCAUCCCUGGCCUGGGACCCAACAUCCACUUUGGGCUGGCUUUCCCCUUAUGUUUUAUGUAUGCAGUAGCCACACUGGGCAACCUGGCCAUCAUCUGUAUCAUUCGUGUGGAGAGGCACUUGCAUGAGCCCAUGUACCUCUUCCUGGCCAUGCUUUCUACCAUUGACUUGGUCCUCUCCUCUGUCACUAUGCCCAAAAUGGCCAGUUUGUUCCUAACUGGCAUUCAGGAGAUCGAGUUCAACAUUUGCUUGACCCAAAUGUUCCUUAUUCAUGCCCUAUCAGCCAUGGAGUCUGCUGUCCUGCUGGCCAUGGCUUUUGACCGCUUUGUGGCCAUCUGCUACCCAUUACGCCAUGCUUCUGUGCUCACAGGCCCCACCGUGGCCAAGAUUGGGCUGGCAUCCCUAGCCAGGGGAUUUGUAUUCUUCUUCCCAUUGCCCUUCCUUCUGAAGCGUCUGUCGUACUGCCAAACACAUACUGUCACACACUCCUUCUGUCUUCACCAAGACAUUAUGAAGCUAUCCUGUACUGAUACCAAAGUCAAUGUCGUUUAUGGGCUCUUCAUCAUCCUCUCAGUCAUGGGUGUGGACUCCCUCUUCAUUGGCUUAUCCUAUAUCCUCAUCCUGAGGGCUGUGUUGGAACUAUCAACUCGAGGGGCAGCACUCAAGGCUUUCAACACCUGCAUCUCCCACCUCUGUGCUGUCCUGGUGUUCUAUGUACCCCUCAUUGGGCUAUCAGUGGUGCAUAGGCUGGGUGGUCCCACAUCUCCGGUCCAUGUGGUUAUGGCUAAUAUCUAUCUCCUGCUACCACCUGUAGUCAAUCCCAUUGUGUAUGGAGCAAAGACCAAGGAGAUCCGUUCAAGGAUUAUCCGUAUGUUCUCACAGAAUGGCAGGUGA